AUGGAAGAAGAUAGCUCUUCCAAUAGUGGCGAAAAUGUCGCUGAAGAAAACAGUCCGUCUAAGAAAGCAAAACUGGAUGAUCAACAGCCAUCUACGUCGUCCGCCGGAUCUUCAGUGUCAUCUGACACCAAAUCGUCAGCUUCCUCUGUUCCACACGUCAGCGAUUCUGCAGAAAACGCUACCAGCCAGCAAAUGGAGCACGCUAUCGACCCACCCAAUGAAACCGGCAGCCAGAGCACUGCUGCCGCGAGCGCUCCGACAAACGCAGCUAGCAGCUCGGUGGAACGGAACGGUGCAGCUUCUCGCCGUAACAGUCGAGGAGCGGCUAAUGAACGGGAGGGGAUCAACAUUUGGAAUCUGGAACGAUCGGUAGAACUACUGCGCCGAAAUGUGUACCGUCUUACCUACCAACGUGGCAGAGCUGAAGAUGGAGAAAAUGUGGCUGGAGGACCUUCCCGCCCAGCUGAAAACGAAGAUGCAGAUAGUCGCAUUAUAAACGAGAGCAUAUUUGAGGCACAGGUCGCCAACGAAUUAGUGCAGUUACUCGUACCGGGAGGUUUUCAAGGCUACGAAAGCCGCUCCGAUGAUGAACAACUAGGCGACGAAGAAGAAGAGGCAGAAGUGGAAAUCAAUAAUGAAUUUGAAAUAGCGGAACAAAUCGAUGACGCUUUGUCCGAUUCAUCUUCCAGCUCGUCCGAUUCAUCUUCAGUGUCAUCAACAACAACAUCGUCUUCGGACUCGCUGCUGUCCAUUCCACGCUCUAGCGGAUCGGAACUGGAAUAUCCGGAUGGUGCCCUUCGAGACUCUGUUGAUGUGAGCGAUCUCGAUUGCCUUAAGACGGACACCGUCAAGGGCGAUUGGAACAUAAUGCGCGAGAUUGGGCAGCGCCAGCACGGUGUACAGUUUCACAAAGUUCCUGCCACAGUCGGCAGUAAUCAGUACAAUCCGAGCCAAUUCCAAAAACGUGCCUACGGUUCCGUGCACCUAGUGCAACGGAUGGGGCUGCUGCACAAACUGGUGUACCAUACAGGUUGCGUGAAUAGCUUGAAUUUCCAUCCCAACGGCAAGCUUCUCGCCAGCGGAUCGGACGAUCUACGCAUUAAUCUUUGGAACUGGGAAUCGAAGAAGCUGCUCAAGUCGAUCUGCAGCGGUCACAUAAACAACGUGUUUCAGACGAAAUUCAUGGUGAGCGAGGGGUACGAAAAUGACAUUGAAGUUAUCUCCACCGGCCGCGAUGGCCACGUGCGCCACACAUUGAUCGUACCGUCCGGCUACUCGAGUACGAAGGUACUGUUUCAGUCACCGUUGCCGAUACAUAAGGUUGCAAUACCGGCACGCAACGAUCGCGUGUUUUUGAUGGCCGGUGAGGACGCUCGGGUGCGCCUGUGCGACAUACGGCAGAACAAGAUACAGACGUUGGUAAAUGUGAGCCGACGACUUUACAGUAUCGCGGCCCAUCCGCACGAUCCAGAGUUUUGUGUUUCGGGCAAUGACGCCAUGGUGCGGGUGUACGAUCUUCGGCGCGUCAAAAAACCGAUCAAAACGCUGGUUCCUUAUCGGCUACCGGAACAGUCUAUAUCUGCUCAUGCGAGUGUAACGUGCGCCGUGUACAACUUCGAUGGCACGGAGAUUCUUGCCAGCUAUUGUGAUGACGACAUCUAUCUAUUCGAUAACACCAGCGAGGGCAAUUUGAUACAGCCCAUCAGUCGCUUCCAGGGUCAUUGCAAUACACAAACCAUUAAGGGCGUAAAUUAUUUUGGACCACGCUCGGAAUUUGUGGUUAGUGGCAGCGACUGUGGCUAUAUAUACAUCUGGGAAAAGCGCAGCAAAAGCAUUGUCAACUGGCUCAAGAGCAGUGCGGGCGGGGUCGUGAAUUGCCUCGAACCGCACCCGGAAUUCCCAAUAAUGGCCACCUCCGGGGUGGAUGACGACAUCAAGAUUUGGGUACCGAAAGGUUUGAAUGAUGAACAAACUGCACCUGUUUUUGCAUCGCAUGAUUUGAAGCGCCACGUGCGGCGCAAUAUCAAUCAUCGGCAGUCGCUUCGGGGUAAUAUCAUGGAUCUGCGUGCUCCAAUUUCGCGGUUUUUCUCGGCCCACGCGAUUCGGCGUCGCGCUAAUAUAGUACGCGCAAAUCGUGCCGGUCCGCCUGCCGAAGGCAACAGAAACAUCGUCAUUGACCUGUUCGACGGCGAUGAGCUUGACUCCGAUAACGUUGAUAAUCCGCUUCUAAAUUGCAGCCCGUCAUAAGCUGUUUUCGUCGUUGAGUAGGACGGGCAAGCUUUCAGGAUCACAAAACCUUUAAUUAUCGUUAAGUAAAAGGAAAAAAGAUGUCAUUUUCCAUGCUGUAUAAACGAUGA